AUGUCAGCCACCGAAAUCGACACUCUGUGGCGCUUUGCCUUUGGCGAAUCAGCUAUCCGACCCCUGCCCUACAGUUCGGAAGAGCUGGGCGACGAUGGAUGGCGACCACUGACGGAUCCGCAAAAUUUCAUCCUGAAUCUGGCCAAUCUGAACCAACAACAACUCUACGCUGCGAGUGCUAACAAUCAACUUGCCAUGAUAGACGCCCAGAAUGAAUACCUGGAGCUAGAACGCCACAUCGCCAACAUCAAGGGCAAAGAAAUCACCAAAAACCCCAGAGAUCUCCCGGCACCGGAUGUCUUUGAGGAAAGGAAAGAAGCGGCGCUGUACGGUUACAAGUAUGAUGCCAAUCGGCCAGCGCUUCUCCAUGCCGGCAUUCCUGGUCUGAGAUCUGCCGAUGAUCUGACCGAGAGGGAAAAACACGAUGUGCGCUUGUUCCAAGAACCCUUUGAGCAAGGCGGCUUUGUGCCCAAGGAGAGAGAGUACAAGGCCAAGCUCGCCAAAGCCAAAGAUCCCCGAAACGUCGACGGCUGGAUCCCCGUCGAAAAGGACGGCAAGCUCCUCAUUCCACGUCAACAAACUCACCAUGAAGAAUACAACAUCACAUAUGUUAAGCGCAAUGUGGAUGAAAAUGGUGAGAUUAUUCGACCUCAAUCGCCCGAAGGUAGCGAAGUCCCUGGUGAAACUCCCGACAAGGCCGUCAACAAACGGUUGACCAGAACUCGCUUUGAUGGCAAAAAGUUCCCGCCCACGCGAGACGUGUCGGAGGCUCCGUCGACAGCUUCUACUCCAAAUGGCAAAAAACGAGCAAGCCCCUCAGGAGCCGACACCAGGGAAGAUACGCCUACUUCGAAACGCCGGAAGAUCCAUCUUACCGUCAAUGGUGGCGAACAGCCCAAACCGAAGCAUCCGAAUCAAUAUACCAAAGCAAAGGAGAGAGAAUUGGCUUCGACCACUCAAACCGCCCCGGUUCCAGCUAGUGUCAAACCCGUAAUGCCGUCAUCAUCGUCAUCGUCCAAGCCAACAUGGCGGGAGUUGUCGCCCAUGUCGAAACGCACACACAAGUGGACAGACCCGGACUUGAUUGAGUCGAUCAAGGAAGAUCACUCGUGGUUGCAUGAUGACCCCAAAAGGGCAGAAGAGUGGAAGCACAAGCUCCUCAAUGGCAUCAAUCCAGUUCGAAGCCUGAGCAUGCUGCUCAAAUGGAACUACUGGCAAGUGACCAACCAAGCCAAGAGACCGCGGGCGAAAAAACAGGCGGCGGAGCCAGAAGAAGCAGUCAAAGAAACCGAGGACUCCAGCGAGUCUCAAAAGCCGAGACGAAGGGUGACCAAGCCCAAAAGAGCCGAGGACAGCGAGCGAUCAACACCUGCAACGACGCCGGCGCCAGAAGCCGUCAAUGGCGUGGCAACACACGCGCCGAAGCUGGGAGUAAACACACGAGCAACGAAGUCCUUCCGGAGAGCACCUGGGGCGGAAAACGCCACUUUCAGAGACAAGGACUUGGAGCAAGAUAAGCGCAAUGGCACGAACAGUGGAAAACAGGCAGGUACAGAGAUGGAACCAUCAUCAAGAGGAGAGGAGGUGGCGGUGGACAGAAAUGGCAAAGACCUGAACAGUCACGCAUCAUCAACCAGAAGGCCAAGCAUGAAGAGAGAAGAGAGCGACUCGACGAUUGUGAUCAAGGGGAAUGCCCCAUCGACAAGGCGAUCGCUACGGAAUACACGGAGAUCCAGUGGCUAA